AUGGAUGAGAGGACAAGCCAAGCAUCAUGGGCCUCAGGUGGCCAGUCCAGCCCGUCCUAUGAGUCCUCCAGGGGGUUUGGAGGCAGCACUCGUUAUGCUGAUCACUUGAGUGACAGUCGAUUAGUGUCCCAUGAAGGAUUGCCACCAACACCUUUCAUGAGCUCCGGCAUAAUGGGCAAGUCUGAGAGGCCUCAGUUCUCUGGUUAUGGAAGAGAGCCAGGCGUAUCUGGAUGCCAGUCUAGUCUGAGGUCGGACAUGGGGCUGGCAAGCCCAGGGCCCGUCACCACCUCUGGGAAGUCGCCCACUCCAUUCUACUCUUAUACUGGCUCCAAUCCACGAAGACGCUCCCUUCAGGACUCUGCUUCACUGGAUCCUCUGCAAACAAAGAAAAUGCGCAAGCCCCCUCCUGGCCUGCCUACAUCUGUGUAUGCACCAACUCCAAGCUCAGAUGACUUCAACAGAGACUCUCCAUCUUACCCGUCCCCCAAACCCCCCAGCAGUAUGUUUGCAAGCACUUUCUUCGAUGGGACCCACAAUUCCUCUGACCAGUGGAACUCGUCCAGUGGGAUCAGCCAGCCAGGCUAUGGGGCAAUGCUGGGAGGAUCUUCAUCUCACAUGCCACAGUCUGGAAACUACAGCAACCUGCACUCACACGACCGCCUGAACUACCCGCCACACCCGGUGUCGCCCACAGACAUCAACGCUAGCCUGCCACCCAUGUCCAGCUUCCACCGCGGCAGUGCCAGCACCUCACCCUUCGUCACCGCAUCUCACACCCCACCAGUCAACACCGCAGAGGGAGUUAUGGCUGCUGCCAACCGAGGGAACGCCACUGGAAGCUCUCAGACUGGAGACGCGCUGGGAAAAGCCCUGGCUUCGAUUUAUUCUCCUGACCACACCAGCAGUAGUUUCCCCUCAAACCCCUCCACUCCAGUGGGCUCUCCCUCUCCUCUGAUGGCUCAGGCAGGCGCUGGCACAGCAGGUACAGUGGUGACGACCAGCGGCCCCACAGGAAGGGCAGGUACAACUCAGUGGCCCCGUGCGACUGGACAAGCACCUUCCUCCCCAAACUACGAGAACUCCCUUCACUCUCUGAAAAAUCGUGUGCACCAGCAGCUUCAUGAGCAUCUGCAGGAUGCCAUGUCCUUCUUAAAGGAUGUCUGCGAGUCUCGGAUGGAGGACCGACUGGACAGGCUGGACGAUGCAAUCCAUGUCCUGCGGAAUCACGCCGUGGGCUCCACUGCCGCCCUGUCCAGCGACAUCCACAGCCUGUUAGGGCAAGCGCACAACGGGCCAAUCUCAGCCAUCGGCACCAAUUUCCCCGCUUCUGGAUUGGUCACCAACCGAACAGCACAAAUGGGCUCUGUUCACCGUGAAGAGACCGUCAGCCUGAACAACAACCACGGCGGCCUGCAGGCUAACGCCGGUCCUACCUCCAGCAUGGAGAUCAACCACCAGGCAGACAUGUUCAGAGGAAUCGCUAGUGUUCUGGCCAGUCAAGUUGCUUCUCCUCUGGACCUGAAGGUCGAGAAUCAAGAAAAAGAUGACAUGCAUGAUAACCACUCCUCUGACGACCUCAAAUCAGACGACGAGGGUGAUAAAAGGGAUAUGAAGCAGAAUCGGGGAAGCACUCGACCAAGCAGUGUCAAUGAAGACGAGGACCUGAACCCCGAGCAGAAGGCAGAGCGUGAGCGAGAGAGGAGGAUGGCCAACAACGCCCGUGAGAGGCUGCGAGUCCGGGACAUCAACGGGGCGUUCAAAGAGCUGGGCCGCAUGUGUCAGCUGCACUUGAAGAGCGAGAAGCCCCAGACCAAACUGCUCAUUCUUCACCAGGCCGUCGCUGUCAUUCUCAACCUCGAACAGCAAGUCAGAGAGAGGAACCUAAACCCCAAAGCAGCCUGCCUUAAGAGGAGGGAGGAGGAGAAGGUGUCAGGGGUUUCAGGUGACCCCCAGCAAGCCCACCCGCCUGUACACCCGGGCCAUACAGACGCAUCCAACCCCAUGGGCCAUCUGUGAACAGCCAGAUCAAAUGGAUCCCGAUGGCGUGUGUUAGACAGAGUCGGUGACCUUGCUUUCCACGGGCGGACAGGACUCACAGUUUGUGACACAAAUUUGAAAAGACAGACCACUCGAAGCAAAAUUCCACCGUUAAGCAAUCCUGAGAUAGAAGAAAACUGGCAAGUGCCCAGCUCCCUGUGAAGACAUCCCAUAUCGAUAAGCAACUUUCUGCCCACCAGAGAAAAAAAAAAUCAAACAUAAAAGCCCCUCAGCACAUAUCGCUGUCUGCAAGCCGUGUGCCGCAGCUGUACAAUCAGAGACUGCCGCCACCCCCUCCACCCUGUACGUGGAAGUUGCCGUGUGCCUAAACUGAAUUGACGAAUGCAUUGUAACAGCAAUUUGUUCUUUUCUUUUCUUUUUUGUUUGUUUGUUUUUUUCCUAUUUAUUAUGUUACUGAGCUGUAAGUCUAUGUUUAAAGGGAAAGUUCUGACAUUGCUAUGAGCAGCUGGUGGCGUUUCAGUAGAUCUGCAGUUUGUCCGUGCUGUCUGUGGUGGAAGGGCCUCUCCGCUCAGACAUCCACACGAUCAGAUUAAUAUAUUCACAUCAAAUUCCGUGCCCUUGUGAAAGAAUCUGAUGGCUCCCUGUGUCUAAAAAGAAAAGGAAAAAUAAAUAAUAUAUUAUUUAUAUUUAUCAUACAUCCAUUCCACAAAUAACAGCAUGAGAUUCUUUAUGAUGUCUGUUGAUAGUGUAGCUCAGAGUCCUCGUCACAGACAGAAAGUUAAGAGUGAGGCGAAAUGGGAUCAGCCUGUGCGUUCUGACCGGAUUCCCUGCGUCGUGGAGACGAUGGUGGAACGGCAAACUCUGGCUUUACUGAAAGGUCAAAGGAGCUGACACACAAGCUGACAUGUUUAUACUCAUUAGUGAGCAGUACAGAUACUGAAAGCAGAACGUUACAAGACCCCAGCAUUCCCUGCAUAUUUCUUAGUGUCUUAAACGGGAAAGGGGAUGCAGUCUCGUCCUUUUGAUCCCUUUGCCAUAUAGUGUUAAGGGUAAAGCGAAAGACGUAUUUCCGAUUCAGUUUGUUUGAAUUCAGACGAUACUUUAUUUGGUCGAAGAGCCGUGGUUAUGGCGAGGCCAUCUGUACUGAGGAAUCUCUGUCAUACCGCGAGACAUGGCACUGUUGGAUUUAAAACGAAGACCAUUCAUUCACCUGGCCUGAAUUGAAGUUUUGUUUUAUGUUCUUUUGUUUUUCUAAAACCAUUAACGAUUUUUUUUAAAAAUAGAGAAAAA